GGCAAGCUGACCAUCAGCAGAUCAUUUGGUGAGUAGAACAGAAGUAAGUAUAUAAUCGCAGCUGGCUCUCAACCCACCCACUGCCUUCUCUUGCAACAUCCCAUACCCAUACCCAUACCUUAUACCCUGGACCCCAAAAAAGAAGCCAAAAUGUCCGCCCCCCACCGCUUCGACCCCAACUUCACCGACAAUGUCAUCAACGCGAUGGGUCCCAAAACGACCCCGCGGUUCCGCCAACUCAUGACGGGCCUCAUCCGCCACGUCCACGACUUCGCCCGCGAGAACGAGGUGACCGUCGACGAGUGGAUGGCGGCCGUCAAGUUCAUGAACUGGGCCGGACAGAUGAGCGACGACAAGCGGAACGAGGGACAGUUAGUGACCGACGUGAUUGGGUUGGAGUCCCUCGUCGACGAAAUUACCUACACCCUCGCCGCCGAAGCGCACGACGCGCCCACCGCCACCGCGAUCCUAGGCCCGUUCUUCCGGGCCGAUACCCCCUUCCGCCACAACGGGGAGUCGAUCGUGCGCACGGCGGCCCCCGGCGGCGAGAUGGCCUACAUGCACGGCCGCGUGGUCGACCACGCCACGAAGCAGCCGCUCGUCAACGCCACCGUCGAGGUCUGGCAGGCUAGCACCAACGGGUUGUACGAGCAGCAGGACCCCGCCCAGGAGGAGUUCAACCUGCGCGGGAAGUUCCGCACCGACGCCGACGGCCGCUAUGCGUUCUAUUGUCUGCGGCCCACGCCGUAUCCGGUGCCAGAUGAUGGUCCUGCGGGGAAAUUGUUGGAGUUGAUGGAUCGGCAUCCGUUCCGGCCGGCGCAUAUUCAUAUCAUUGCCACCUACGAAGGAUACAAACCCCUCACCACGCAGAUCUUCGAUCGCAAGGACCCCUACCUCACCAACGACUCGGUCUUCGCCGUCAAGGACUCCCUGAUCGUGGACUUUGUCGAGCGCAAGGGUGACCCUCAAGCUGGUCUUGAGUUGCAGUAUGAUGUCAAGUUGGUGCCGGCGCCGGCGUUGGCGUCGAGCUAGACGGUGUCUACGCUUUGGGAAAAUUCUAGGAAGAUGUGUGUGUGUGUACGAUGUUGGCAGAGGAAGGGGGUUUUUCUGUAUAUAUUGAUUGAUGUGAUACCGAACUAUGUUAUUCAUUUCUAUGAUUCAUCAUGUGACUUCCAUGGACAGCUCUGAGCUCAGAGUC